AUGCCUCCAAGAGUAAGAGGACGAGGCAAGGGUCCCAUGCGUGGAGGACCGUCGUCAGCUGGACCAUCACACAGACGCACUCCAUCAGCGUCUCUAUCCUCCUCCGACUCUCACGAUAUGUGGGGUCAACCUUACGAGCCGACAAGACACUCGAUCUCGCUAAGCUCUUUGCCAUCUUUUCGUCCGUCUUUCGGACCAUUUGCUCCAAAUGAGCCCGAACACCCUCACCAUUCUGAUCAAUCUCACCAUUCGCUUGAGUCUUACCAUUCACACCACUCUUUGCAAUCCCAUUCAUUUCACCACUCUGACUCCCCUUACUCUUCGGGACAGUUUAACCCAGCCUACUAUGUUAAUGAUUUUCUUGGAUACAAACCAUUGGGCCCUGAGGACCAUUUCUCUCAGGAAAUGGAAAUGGAUGAUCACCCCGACCCGGAGAUGCAAACAGGAACCCCGAGCCACCCUAUCAGCAUAUCUAGUGGGUCUCCAUUUCAGGGAUCCCCUUACCGUGGGCCCGACUCAUUCCAGGAGAGGAUGGGUACCUAUGACUGGUUCUUUACACCAUCUUACUAUAGCUCUCCAGCCCAACCACCUUUGGAAGAUCCUCAACUUCAAGCUGUCUCACCACCACCACUCCCGGUAGAGGAGCCACCGCAGCCACCUCCCGAACCUCCGAGGCGAAGGAGGAACGCACGCAUGUCUGUAAGAGGAGGACCCCGUUUCAGUUCUCCUCGUGGUUCGAGUUCCUAUCCCCCUAUCCCAGAGGACCCCCAGUUGGGUGGACCCUCAAACGCGGCACCGGAGGCUAAUCCUCCGCAAGCUUCUUAUGCGCCACCUCAGCCGCCUGUGGGUUUUGAUAACCCAAUCCCGACGUACCCAGAUCCUUCCGGGUACAAUCCUUAUGAGAACCCAUCAGGGUACCCCUCGGACUAUCAUCCAGAAAUGGCUGGCUCAGACGAAGCAAACAGUCAUCCAGCAGAGGGCAACACCAGAAUCAAUAUUACUGGUGCUGAACUGCAAGCUUUAAUCACCGCUGCAGUUUCUCAAGCGGUAGAGGCAAAGUUUAAGGAGCCGAGUGUUGUUCGGUCUCAAACUCUUUCAAAAACCCAUUCUCAACCACAUACUCACAGGAAAAGUGAGUCCCUGCACUCGUCUAACCAGGGUAGUGUACCCAAGAAGCAGGUUGUUCCUGAGCCUACCCUUAGGCACGCCAAGGGUUGUACCUACAAAUAUUUUGUUUCCUGUAAGCCAAGAGACUUUACAGGAGAAAAAGGGGCGAUAGACUGUAUGAAGUGGUUAGAUGAGAUGGAAACGGUGAUAGAUAUUAGCGGUUGUGCUAAAGAGAAUGUGGUCAUGUUUGUCUCCCAAUCUUUUAAGGGCGAUGCCCUUACAUGGUGGAAAGCGUUAGUACAGUCCACCGGGAAAGUUCAUCUGUAUAAUCUUUCGUGGGAGAAAUUUGUUGAUCUGGUUAAGGAUGCUUAUUGUCCUCAACAUGAAGUCGAGCGUGUAGAAACUGAUUUCCUCACCCUUGUGAUGAAGGAUCUUGACUUAGGUCCUAUGUGA